AAAUUGGAAACAAAUAAUCGAAAUGAAUUGAAAAGGGAAAAUCAUUCCAAUACUCUUUCACUUACUGUCACUCUCCGGCGCCUUCUCUGUCACGUCGUCGUCUCACAGCCACCGCCCUAAACCUUCGAGUUUCGGAAACCCUAAUCUUGCAAUCGCCACUCUCAAAUCCACUCCUUUUCAUAAUCUGACAAUUCGAAAUUAUACUCUCUCCCUCGAAGUUUGCUAUCAUCAUGGCUGGGUUGGCACCGGAAGGAUCGCAAUUUGAUACUCGUAACUAUGAUGCUAAGAUGGAUGAGCUACUUGGAACUGAUGGGCAAGAGUUUUUCACUUCUUAUGAUGAAGUUUUCGAAAGCUUUGAUGCCAUGGGAUUGCAGGAGAACCUUCUGAGGGGUAUUUAUGCAUACGGUUUUGAGAAGCCCUCUGCAAUUCAGCAAAGGGGGAUUGUUCCUUUCUGCAAGGGACUUGAUGUAAUUCAGCAAGCACAAUCUGGAACUGGAAAGACUGCUACGUUUUGCUCUGGAAUUUUGCAGCAGCUUGAUUACAGCUUAGUUCAGUGCCAGGCACUGGUUCUUGCUCCAACUCGUGAACUUGCACAACAAAUUGAGAAGGUAAUGCGAGCACUUGGUGACUAUCUUGGUGUCAAGGUUCAUGCCUGUGUUGGCGGUACCAUUGUUCGUGAAGAUCUACGCAUUCUCUCAAGUGGGGUUCAUGUUGUCGUUGGAACUCCUGGUCGUGUAUUUGACAUGCUGCGUAGGCAAUCUUUGCGCCCUGAUAACAUUAGGAUGUUUGUAUUGGAUGAGGCAGAUGAGAUGCUCUCUCGAGGUUUCAAAGAUCAGAUCUAUGAUAUUUUUCAGCUCUUGCCACCUGAGAUCCAGGUUGGGGUUUUCUCUGCCACAAUGCCUCCUGAAGCUCUAGAGAUCACAAGGAAGUUUAUGAACAAACCAGUGAGGAUUCUGGUAAAACGUGAUGAGCUUACGUUGGAGGGGAUCAAGCAAUUUUUUGUCAAUGUCGAUAAGGAGGAAUGGAAGCUUGAGACACUGUGUGAUCUUUAUGAAACUUUGGCAAUCACCCAGAGUGUUAUCUUUGUGAACACCAGGCGCAAGGUAGAUUGGCUGACAGACAAAAUGCGGAGUCGUGAUCACACAGUUUCAGCCACCCAUGGAGAUAUGGAUCAAAACACAAGGGAUAUCAUUAUGCGAGAAUUCCGUUCUGGAUCCUCCCGUGUUCUUAUUACUACGGAUCUUUUGGCCCGGGGUAUUGAUGUCCAGCAAGUCUCACUUGUUAUUAAUUAUGAUCUGCCAACUCAGCCGGAGAACUAUCUUCAUCGAAUUGGUCGUAGUGGUCGAUUUGGGAGAAAGGGUGUUGCUAUCAAUUUUGUGACCAAAGAUGAUGAAAGGAUGUUGUAUGACAUCCAAAAGUUUUAUAAUGUGGUGGUUGAGGAGCUGCCAGCCAAUGUAGCUGAUCUCAUUUGAUUUGGUUUCUGCUUCAUUGGUAAUGUUUUGUUUAUCGAGGCCACAGUCAAUCAUUUUAUUUUUCAUGGCCCCUGCCUUUCUCCAGCAAGAGUUGAACUUUGCCCAAAAUUAGUGGAUUUCUUGAAAUGGGCAUUCUUCUCUAAUUUUGGGUCCUAUCAGAAUGCAUUGUUGCAAUUUUGUGAACUAGUUUGUUUGUGUCUGUCUUGCUAAAGAUUGUAGAUUGCCGCAUUCUCUAUGUUUUGUUUUAAGUGUGUGAGGGUGGCUAUGUAAAUUUAAAACUUUUUUGACGUUGCGUUGGAAAUGUACUGGACUUGCUCUCGUUGUCACCCCGUUGAACUGACCCGUGUACCUGUCAUGAUGUUUGCUCCUAAUUUACAUAUGGAAGCUGUUCUAAGUCACAGUCUACUCAAAUUCCAUCUUUGUGACCAAGAUAUUGGCACAAGGUUCAUCAAAGUGAAUUUGUGCGUGAACAUGCAAAGAUGUCUUUAUCUU